AUGAUGAGCUGCACCGCUGCUCCAUGGGCAUUAGUGCCUUGUCGAAGGGCACUGGUGGCGGAACAUGCGUUGUGGAUUGGGAAUCAGGUCGGAUUGUGGAAGCAUCGCCAGACCUCAUCGAUUGGUGGGGUGAUUACUCUCCCAGGAUGCGUUUCGAAGAGUUGUUCCGCGACCCUGAAGACAAGGACGAGAUGUUCGAAGCAUUCAGCUUCAACCCAUUUCCUUACAUCUGGGAACCUCGCGGCCGUGGAGAAAAUGGAUAUUCAACCCGUGACUUCUUCAAGCGGCUCUGGCCACUGGGAGGAAAGAAAGAAAGUGAGCCACGUCGGCGAGGAGUUCAAGGAGGCAGAAGGUGCUGGGCCCACCUCAGAUCAUUUCUUUGUCCUUUCAUUGCCGCCAUCUUGCUUCAAAUACUUGUUUAUGUUUGGACUAGGUCACUUCGAUGCGCUGCGCCCACACUGCCGAUGGGACUGUGAGGGGAUGUGUGGAACAAUCUUGCAGGAGGCUUUUGGUGCCAAAACUCAAAAGCCACUGUUGACAGACGAGCUCCAUGAUAAUGAGGACAAGUGGAGCGACGAGGAGCUCACCAAAUGCUUUGAGCAGGAAGCUUGCAGGAUAAAAGGCAGCUUGCAGAAUGUGGAUUUCGAGGACAUGGCGACAGCUUUGUCCACACGAUGGCUGAAGCGGCUGGAGAAGGAUGAAGACAAGAAACGCAAGGGUCGGCAUGCUCGAGCGUUUCUUCGAAGUCAUGCACUAGACAUUCUCCUGUCUUGCUUGACCAAAACAGAGGUGGGGCGCACUGCUAUCUUCGUGGCCGCCGGCCUUGACCCUGACAGGGAAAGCAUUGAGAGUGCGGCCAUCUCUCCUGCAGUGCCGCUGCGGCUGCUUUUGUCCAAGACCUCGGCCUUUUGGCAGAGAUGUUCCAAAAGCCUCCUGGCUGCAAGACUGAAGGAUGACUUUUUACAGACUGUCUUGAUGGACUCCUUGCUGAAUUUGCUGUCCUCUGUGGGCAAACCAGGCAAGGCGCUGACCCGGAAUUUGGCUUGUUGGAUGAGGAUGGAUGCUAGCGAGGUGCCAGUGCGCAUGGCCAUCAGGAAUAUCCAGGUCAUUGAGGCCCAAAUACAACAAAUCACAGAUGGAUGGAAGGAGAUGGUGCAGAAGUUCGACGAUGCUCCCGAAUGUCCUCUGAAGGUGGGCGAUGCCGUGUGGGCUGAGUGGCCCCGCACUGGCCGGUGGUUUCGUGGUGAAAUCAUAGAGCUCCUGGAUGAUUAUGCCAUGAUCCAGUGGCUGCAACGCCCGACCAACGUCAAGGGAGGACACGAAGACCAUUAUUUGAUUUCAGCGGUUGGGGAGUAUUUCAACUUCGACCAGCCCACGGAGGUCCUUAAAGUUGCUGUUUUGCCAGCACUCUUUUCGCGGCCUCAGCCAAUUCCAGAACAAGAGGAGGAAGGCUGGUCACAGUUCGUGGACGCGGCUGAGAAUCUCACUACCAAGUACCACCAGUUGAGAGCCUUGUUCGAAGAUCUGGGCAAGAAUGACAAGUCCGAACUCAAGAAAAUGUCAGAGUUCGAGAAGAAGAAGUCGGAAGAGGCAAUCAAGACGCUUCAUGGCACCACCAAGUCCAUCAUUGGCGUCAAAAAGGACUUCGCCAGCCGGGCCAAAGCACCUGGAGCUGCUAGCGCUUUGGUUUCCAACUUCUUGAAUGAAGCGGUGGAUAUUGCAAGUGACUUGGAAGCGGAACUAGCCAAACGCCUCGAAAAUGCAACGGCAAUGGAUGGGGCACAUGAAAGACUGCUUGGCAUGCGAGACAAAGUUGCCAAGUGUUGCUUAGACGCGGAACGACUCAGAGGUAGAUACAUGGAGGAAUUGUUCAACGGAUUGCAUUCGUCGAUUUAUGGCGAGGAUGCCGCAUUCCUGGUGCAGGAUUUCAAUACAACGCAAAGCGUCAAGAACACCAUCACCAACGCGAUCAAGCUCGCAGACCAGUGUUGGAAAGAGGCAGUGCAGUUCGCAGCAGAAACCAUCGAUGGACCCAUGGCCGUCGGCUGCGAGGAAGUCAGCCGAGCCGCCACGAGAUACAAGGAGAUGAGGCCGGAGUUGAAGAAGAUUCAAGAACGGCUUGCUCAAGUAGAAAGGAGUGCUCCGGAAAUACCGCCUGGAAGAAAGAGGAAGGUGAUAAAAAAGGGGAGCUCACUGGGCAGCCAAAUUGCCAUGGAAACCAAAGGCUACUUGCGCACCCAAUCUGAGCUUUUACAAGCGCAGGAGGAGGCGGCUGCUCCUGCAGAGUGGGCACCGGAUUUCCCAGAGGUCGAUUUCAACUCCCAAGCUGCAACUGCAGCUUUCACCGCAAAGGAGGUGCAACAUGUGCAACGUCCAGCAACUAUCCCGGAGCAAUCUUCAACUGUAGAUGCUGAUGACCAGGUCAAGGACUCGCCUCCGGGGGCGCCCCAAGAGACGGAGACAGAGACUAAGGCUGCAGUUGAUCCGGAACCCGGGUCCAAAGCUAUCCCGGCUCCGGCCACUAUCGCCAUCUCCAGCAAGGCCGAGCCAAUACAGCCAUAUUCAGCCUUUGAGCAGUUGGGAUGUCAGUGGCACCCUGGAGGUGUCGGCCAGGGUCGUUCCCAUCUGGAAGAUCGCUGGUCGCUACGGACAACAAAUCACGAAGCUCUGGGUCCAGACCUCAAUGUGAGUGACAUCGAAUCGAGAUCAAACACCCACCGCCCAGUGCAAAUUGCCUUGCCGAACGAGUGGGAGGCAGCAGUGCUGGAGCGUGAGCAAGCCGUUGCAAAGAGGGAAAAAGAAGCUAGUGAGAAGAAAGCAUUCAACGAGGAACUUUGCGAAACCUUGAAAGAGCUGCAUCAAAAAAUGAUGCUGCAGCAGCAGAUGCUGCAAAAGAGGGAAGAAGAGGCGAAGCAGGUGCCCGCCACAACUGGGAAGACUCCGGAGACACAGACGCCCCCAAGCGCCCGCGCUUUCUGCAGUGCCGAUGGAGGGCCUGCCCCAGUGACAGUGAAGGGGAACGAGGCCGUGUGA